AUGCCUCCCAACAAGGUCAUCAAGAAAAAGAUCACCAAGAGGAAGCUUGUGAACGCUAUCCUAGACAUCCAAACUCAAAAGCUUUCCUUCGCCCAAUUGAAAGCUUCGCUUGCAAACCUGACCACGAUGAUACAAGGAGGAGAAUACGAGUUACCCACACUGGCAAUUUCUUCGUUGAAAAUUGAUCAAGUGCAAUCAAUGCUCAACCUGAGCUUCUCUUUCAACAAUAUUGAGUUCCAAAAUCAGCCUCCAGUUGAUCCAUCUCCCAUUUGCACGGAAUGGAUGAGGAUUACACGAAAUACCUUUGGAAACAGUGAAUCCAAUGAAGCAUUGACAAGAAUCACCCUCAACAAUCUUCUCGUAUGCUCGCAUCACCACAUCACUUCCCAUUCCGACGACACGAGCAAUACCGUGCAUCUCAACGCGGAGGCCAACUGGAGCCUGUGGUAUGGGCCAAAAGAAGAUGUUGCGGUUAGCGUUGUGGUGGUAGAAGCAAAGUCCGGGGCAACAGCCACGAGUGGAGUGUCCCAAACUCUGGGAUACAUGGGUUGCGUGCACAGGAAACGAAAAGAACUCGGCAAGAUGGAUUCGACUGUGUAUGGUGUUGUGUCCGAUGGCCAAUACUUUGUUUUCCUGAAAAUUAAUAAUGACUCUCAGUGGUGUGAAUACAUUGUUUCUGCGCGCCUCAACAAUUACCGGCAGGUACUCGGUCUGCUUGUUCACAUUUUCCGUGCUGCCGCCGUCAUGUCACCAAUUCAAUCGGAGAACACAUCAGUCCAAACCCAUUCCAAAGAGUCUUCUGGUGUUUCGUAUUUGGAAUUUGAUGAAGAGAAAGAGGAGGACGCCGAGGAAGAAAUUUGA